AUGGCUUUGAUGCCUGUUAAAUUUGACUUGGCCAAGCGGGUAAAGCUGGCACAGGGACUGUGGCUCUUUUUUUGGCUUUGUGUGAUGGCCGGAAUCCUCAUCUUUAGCAUGGGCAUCUUCUUCAAGAUUGAGCUACGCAAGAGGAGUGAGCUAAUGGAUAACAACGAGAGCCAUUUUGUGCCCAACAUGCUCAUCCUGAUGGGACUGGCGGCCUGUGGCAUCAACGCUUUUGGGGGCAAAGUGUGCCACGACUCCCUCGACUCAGCAAAAUUCAUGAAGAGGAAGCCCAUGCUGAAGACUUACAUGAGUGGAUGUGUUGUUUUCUGCAUCGCUCUCUUUGCCACGGCCCUGUUGUGUUUCUUGAUGCAGAUCUCUCUGCACUUCACCCUGGCUGAAGGCCUGAAGAACGGAAUGAAGUUCUACAAAGACACGGACACACCGGGGCGAUGCUUCAUGAAGAGAACCCUUGAUAUGACCCAGAUUGAGUUCCGCUGCUGUGGUAACAACAACUACAAGGAUUGGUUUGAGAUCCAGUGGAUUAGCAACCGCUACCUGGACUUCAGCAAUGAGGAUGUUAAGGUCCGUGUCCAGAGCAACGUGGAAGGCAAAUAUCUGAUGGAAAGCGUUCCCUUCAGCUGCUGCAAUCCUGGCUCUCCUCGCCCCUGCAUCCAGCAUCACAUAACCAACAACUCAGCUCACUACAGCUAUGACCAUCACACUGAAGAUCUGAACAUCUGGGGCAGAGGCUGCCGUGAGGCUCUUGUCUCUUACUAUGGAGGCACGAUGAACAGUAUCGGCGCUUUCGUGCUGCUGUUUAUUAUCUUAGAGGCUGUCGUGACUGUAGGACUGCAGUACCUGAGCACCGCUCUGGAAUCCAUGGCAGAUCCAGAGAAUCCAGAGAGUGAAAGUGAGGGCUGGCUUUUGGAGAAGAGUGUGAAGGAGACCAUCUCUGGAGUCAUGGAAAAGAUAAAGACGCUGGGUAAAGGAAACCAGGUACAGGAGGGCGAUGAACAAGCUCCUCAAGAAAGCUGAGAAUGCCCCGCCCAUUGGGACUGAGGCCACUCCCCCUACAUACAAACAAACUGUACAUUGGGAGGGAUGAAAAGCUGAAAAAUGUAUAUAUAGAACAUGUUCUCCC